AUGGCAGCUAUACUCAAACUGCAACGUAAAUAUCCUCAGUUCCAACAGAAUGAGAUUUUCCAGCUUCAAGAUGCCUUUCGGAAACUCGAUGUCGACGACAAAGGCUACCUGGACGAAUCCACUGCGAUCAAAGCGACCCAACAGUCCGAGAGACAGUCUUACGAUACAGUCAGACAGGCACUCAAAGAGGUGGAACUCGACAGCUCGAGAAGGGUAGAACUGGAGGACUAUGUCGACCUUGUUUCCAAAGUCCGCAACUCGUCGCCGGCACAACAGCGCACUGCUCCUACCACUCCCCAAAGACCGGCCGGCAACGGAGGCCCCUCGCCUGCGCACGCCUCCAAAUCUAGUCUAGGAGGGGGUGCAGGUGGAAGAAUCCAAAUGCAAGGCUCGUCUGCGAACGUAACGCACACUAUCAACGAUGAAGAACGUACGGCAUUCACCACCCACAUCAAUGCAGUCCUUGCCGGCGAUCCCGACAUCGGCAACCUUCUUCCCUUCCCAACCGACACUUUCGAGAUGUUCGAUCAUUGCAAAGACGGAUUGGUCCUUGCCAAGCUCAUAAACGACAGUGUCCCCGAUACCAUUGACGAGCGUGUCCUGAAUAUGCCGGGCAGGAAGAUCAAGACUCUCAAUGCAUUCCACAUGACCGAGAAUAACAACAUUGUCAUCGAGUCCGCCAAAGGUAUUGGGUGUUCCGUGGUGAACAUUGGCAGCGGAGAUAUCAUUGAAGUUCGAGAACAUUUGAUUCUGGGUCUCAUCUGGCAGAUCAUUCGACGUGGUCUGCUGGGCAAAAUUGAUAUCAAGCUACAUCCCGAACUGUACCGACUGCUCGAAGACGAUGAGACGCUCGAACAAUUCCUUCGACUUCCACCUGAGCAAAUCUUGCUUCGGUGGUUCAACUACCACCUGAAGAACGCCGGCUGGCAAAGAAGAGUCAACAAUUUCUCCGGCGAUGUCAAGGACGGCGAGAACUACACAAUCCUUCUCAAUCAACUCAAGCCCGACCACUGCUCCAGAGCCCCCUUGCAGACCCGAGACCUGCACCAGCGCGCAGAGCAAGUCCUCCAGAACGCCGAGAAGAUUGACUGCCGAAAAUUCUUGACUCCUACCGCUCUAGUGGCAGGCAAUCCCAAACUAAACCUUGCAUUCGUCGCCAACCUGUUCAACACACACCCUGGUCUCGACCCGCUGACGGAAGAAGAGAAGCCCGACAUUGAGGACUUUGAUGCCGAGGGUGAGCGCGAAGCUCGUGUGUUUACUCUGUGGCUCAACAGCAUGGACGUCCAACCCACCGUCAACUCCUUCUGGGAAGAUCUACGAGACGGUACGAUCCUGCUCCAGGCCUAUGAAAAGGUCAUCCCCGGCAGCGUCAACAUGAAGCACGUCAACAAACCGCCUGCCCACGGCGGCCCGAUGUCGCGCUUCAAGGCCGUCGAAAACACGAAUUAUGCGGUGGAGUUGGGCAAGGCAAACCGCUUUUCUUUAGUUGGUAUUCAGGGCGCCGACCUCACUGAUGGUCAACGGACCCUAACGUUGGGUCUCGUCUGGCAACUGAUGCGACGGGACAUCGUAAGCACACUUUCCGGGCUCGCGCAGCGCAUGGGCAAGCGCGAAUUGUCAGACUCGGACAUGAUCAAAUGGGCCAACGAAAUGUCCCGCAAGGGCGGCAAGAGUUCGUCUGUCCGAUCGUUUAAGGAUCCUGCGAUUACGAGCGGUAUCUUUCUGCUGGAUGUGCUUAAUGGCAUGAAGAGCAGCUAUGUCGAUUAUGAUCUCGUUACGCCGGGCAAGACGCCGGACGACGCGUACGCCAACGCCAAGUUGUCUAUUAGCAUCGCUAGAAAGAUGGGUACCACGAUUUACUUACUGCCAGAUGAUAUCAUCCAGGGACGCGCGAGAUUGGUCACGACCUUUGUUGGUGCACUAAUGAGAACGGCCGAGAAGAUGGGCAUCUGA